AUGGGUUCCCUAGGUCACACAUCCAAAAUUUCGGCCUUUCAAGAGACCCCGUUACUAUUAUCAGAUGGCAUCUUCGAUGUGACGAGAAGAUAUAAUGCUGAUACGAAUCCGAACAAGGCAAAUCUUGGUCAAGGAUCUUAUCGACAUGAUAAUGGCGAGACGUGGAUAUUGCCGUCAGUGCGUAUGGCAAAGGAAGCGAUUGCGGACUGUGACCACGAGUAUCUGGCCGUCGCUGGACUCAAGUCAUUGCGCGAUGAAGUGGAAAAGCUCGUGUUAGGCAAUACGGCGGCUUUCAAGGAGGGCAGAGUGGCAUCCGUACAAUCGCUCUCGGGAUCCGGCGCCUUGAUGCUGGCAGGUCUUACACUCAAGACAUCAAACACCAACAUUAAGACCAUUUACAUCACGGAUCCAACCUGGCCUCCGCAUGACCUCAUCUUUCGAUCCCAAGGCUUCGAGGUCAGGACAUUGCCGUAUUAUAAGGACCACUCCUUUGACUUUGAGGCCUACAUGGAUGUGCUUAAGCAAGCAGAGAGUACCUCAGCCGUCGUGUUACAUGCCUGCGCGCAUAAUCCAACCGGCUGCGACCCAACCCGUGACCAAUGGAGGCAGAUCGCGUCCGUCAUCCGGGAAAGGGGCAUAUUCCCCAUUUUCGACGCGGCAUACUUGGGUUUCAACACAGGGUCCGUUGACGAGGAUGCCUGGGCUAUCCGGUACUUCAUCGACGACUUGGGCCUCGAAGCGGGCCUGUGUCUUUCUUUUGCCAAGAGCAUGGGAUUGUAUGGCGAGCGCGUGGGUCUUGUUGCCUUUGUCACCCAAACCCCUGACACGGCAAGGGCCGUAUUUACCGUUCUUGAGGUCGCCCAGCGUGGCACCGUCUCGACGCCCCCUGCUUACGGUGCGCACAUCGCGAAUGCGAUUCUGGGCACGCGCACCAUUGCUGAGCAGUGGGAAAGGGACUUGAUCACCAUGUCCAGUCGUAUUCGGGGUAUGAAGCAGAAGUUGUACGACGAGUUGGUGAGAUUGCAGACGCCGGGGGACUGGUCCCAUAUCGUCAAGGCGACUGGUAUGUUUGCGUACCUGGGCCUUACUCUUGCCCAAGUUGAGUAUCUUGAAGCAAAACAUCACAUCUACAUGGCAAAAACAUCAAGGAUAUCAGUUGCAGGGCUUAAUGAUAGCAAUAUCGGUUAUUUCGCUCGUGUCCUCGAUCAGACUGUCCGCGAAACCUCAGGUAUCGUACCCGCGAAUUAA